GGCCAGACGGCAAAAAAUUUGGCGCGCAUCGAAACGAAAAAAAAUGCCGCAUUUUUGGUUCCGAAAGAUCGAAAACGAACCGCGCCGGUUGUACGGUUUACUUGUUCUGUGUACUUGUACGUACGAGUACUGUACUCCGCCCUCGCCUUCUUGGUACUGCUGCCGUAUUCUKUUGYACGGUACGAAGAAACCCGUCGGACGAGUCGCACAACCAAAUUCCAGCCUACCUUGCAAACAAGAGACUUGCCGCGGCAACAAUCCGUGCARCACCAACGACAGCAACAGCAACAGCAGCGACCAAAACAACCAGGAUGGACGAGCAGCAGUACUACGAAGAAGACCACCAGCAGCAAGAAGAAGCCGGCGGCCAGAUCGACGGCGCCUUUGCGCGGGUCAACGGGGGGAUGCUCCAGUCGGGGCGCUUCGAGAACCAGAUCGUCAGCCUGGUGGGCCAGGUCGUCGCGCACGACACGAUCCGCACCGCGGACGGUUCCAGCGUCCGCCUGGUCACCGAGCACCUGGCGGACGACACCGAGGACGGGAGCGGCGGGCUGAUCGUCGAUCCCAACACGGUGGUGGAGAUCAUGGGGCAGGCCUCGGGCCCGACGGAGCUCACGGUGCGUGMCGCGGUGUUGUSGYGUGUUGUCGUGUGUUSUCGUGUUGGGCUGGUGUUGCGUUUUCUUUCUUUCCYCGUUGUUUUCUCGACCGCGUUGCCAGAUGGUCGAAAGCUUGASUUUGUUCUCACACAACACCGUCGAUUCAAAUUCCGAUUCCUUUCGUCUCGUCUCGUCUUUUCUCGCCUGUGGUYGCCUUGCCUGGUUGCMUUKCCCGAUUGUCGCGUUUGGCAUCCCCRCCAGGCCUUUAUUCGCCGCGAGCUCGGCACGGACAUGGACCUGGGCCUCUACAACCAAAUGAUCACGAUGCAACAGAAAGACAAAUACGUCCAAUACUUUUCCCCMGCCCCCGAAGGCCAAUAAGAAWAAGAAACGAAACGAGGCGACGGGUGGGGUUCCCGAKCAUGCGGGCGUCSCAACGCUGCRUUGGUUCGAGGAACGCUCGGGCCAGCGGACGAGGAAACAAGCAAACGAGGGGAUGGGAAUGGAACGGAGCAUAUUMUUUWGCAUAGAAACGUACGGGUGAGGGCCCUGGGAAUGCACGGUGCAGCAGCUUUAGAAAGGAAUUUGUGUUAUUGGYGAUGGAGCGAGAGUGAGAGUGACAAUGAUAGAGGGAGAGAGUGUAAACCAAUAACCACAACGGUCUGGCUUUUGCGUGCUUUGCGGUGUGUGCACUAGGGGAAGGCGAGCGUGGAAAUCGAUGGAUAAUCAUUGCCGAGCAUGCAUUGCCUCGCCAUGUCGCGAUGGAUUGGAUAGGAGGAUUGUACAGCUCGCGUAGUAGCGUGUAUUUGUUAGACGUCC